AUGAAGUGGACCAGUAUUCUUUGUCUGGCGCCUCUUGUAGCAGCAUCGCCUCUUGCUGCCAGGGACGCUAAUCCGAGCUAUGAUGGAUAUCACGUCUAUAGCGUUACACCUGCGUCAGCUCAGGAAGCUCAUGAUCUAGAGAGACGCUUCUCUAGGUACCACACUCACCCCAUACGCGAUAGUCUGUCCAUAGCCAUUCCACCAGAAGACGUUGCGCACUUCAACACGCUCGGACUAAAUGCACGUCUGCUGAACACCGACCUGGGUAGCUCCAUUCGAUCGGCGGACAAACCAUCAACCUUCAAUCGCGCACUGCACAAACGAGGGGAGUUGCCUGAUCUCUCAUGGUUUGAUACAUACCACGAUUAUGCGGACCACUUAACGUGGUGGGACGAUCUUGCGCAGGCCUUUCCAAAGAAUUCCGAAAAGCUCGAAAUUGGCAAGAGCUAUGAGAACCGGAGCAUUCACGCUUUUCAUCUGUUUGGAGAUGAGAAGGAGAGCGAAAGAAAGGAUAAGCCUGUAAUACUCUGGCACGCCACAGUUCACGCGCGAGAGUGGAUCUCGACUAUGGUGAUCGAAUAUCUUGCUUACCAACUUGUUGACGGCUACAAAUCUGGCGACGGCAAUGUCACAUCGUUCUUGGACCACUAUGACUUCUACCUUGUGCCAUUCCAUAACCCUGAUGGCUUUCUCUACACUCAAACUAAUGACAGACUCUGGCGCAAGAAUCGUCAGCCACGCCCUAGCGUGAAUACAACCUGUCUUGGGACGGACGGAAAUAGAAACUGGGCCACUGAAUGGGCAGCUGAGCCUCCGGGCGGCGGUUCUACGCCCGAUCCUUGUGGUCAGACCUAUCGUGGUCUUGCGCCUGGCGAUACACCAGAGAACCAAGCCAUGGACGGACUUUCUGCGAAGCUCGGAGCAACCCCUGCAGGCAUUCGCUCCUUCAUCGACUUUCAUUCCUACAGCCAGCUUAUCCUAACGCCCUACGGUUACUCGUGCGAUCCACUCCCCGAAACCUUACCACGGAUGCUGGAAGUCGCGAAUGGUACAGCUCAAGCAAUCAUGGCUGCGAGCGAACGUGGCAGUAUUUACGACUUCGGUCCUGGCUGUCAGAUUCUGUACUUUUCGACCGGUAACUCUAGGGAUCAUCACUACGUUGCGCAUGGCGCCAAACACUCGUGGACUAUGGAGUUGAGCCCACAAGAUGCGGCAGGAGGGUGGCUUCGUCUUGCCACCAGAGGAGAUCUGGCCAGUAGUGAAGGAACAGUGGGCCGGUCAAUUAUGGACACUGAACAAUGUUCGGGAAGACUAAAUUGGAACUGA